UAUUCAGAACUCAUACCUCUGUUCUUCCUCGUUCCCUGCUGGUGGACGCUCGCAACCAGCGUCUUAAGCACGCCAUGGACCUCUCCAUGAAGCACCAGUACCUCCCCGACGAUGUCCAGGCGUUGCAGACACCAUUCAGAUGCUAUCUUUCUGACAUGCUCGCUCUGGUGAAAAAGCAGAGAGCAGAGCGUGAAGCAUUAGGAGCACUUGCCCUCUACCAGAGAACCAUCCCAUAAAGUGCUUACUUGAUGAUCUAACAAUGCACGCAAUAAAAAGCAGCAGAUGAUUGGCGAGAAGAAAAUGCCCACCUUCUGUUUUCCACACAAACAUUUUGGCAGAACAAUUGGACAUGGUUUAGGAUUUGUUGUAGAACAUCUGUUUGUGCUUCACUUGAUCAAAUUUCCAUUGUCCUCCCUUAGCAUAAUGGGAUGGUCAAUGAAGCCUUGUAUUUAUGAACACUGGAACAGUUCGGUGCAUUUCGCGAACUGAAAUACUCUACUGAAGUAAGCUUGGUGCUAAUGUUGUGGAGAGUGGUUUUAUGUCGUCAAUUAAUCUCAUCCUUUCAGUUGCUUUUCAA